AUGUAUUGGGCCGAUUGCAGAAAGCCGCACUACCCACCCGUUAACCUUAUCCUUUGUCAACGGACAAAUCUCGUUUCGCUACCCAAUCCCGCCGGAACCAGAGAAGCCCUCAAACCUCAGAAAAAGAAGGGGGCCUAUGAUUAUGAAGACUCAACUCUCUCUGCUAGCCAGACGCCUUUUAUCCUAAACUUGGAAACGUGGUUUGUUUCGGACAAAAUGUUCGUGCCAAUACAUCGGUUAUUUGUUGUAGUUCAAGCUGCUGACUCGCUGCUCAAAUUGGUGUCGGAGUUGAAGCAGAUUGCAAUUUUCCCAGGAUUUGCAUCUCUGGAUGACCAUGUAGACCGUAAUUUUGCUGAAAGUACAAAUCGGAAAUUGUCGAGAAUUGGGGAGGAGGUUGCAGAGUCUCAUUACUACUCGUCCGUUAGUCCACACGAGGCUUCAGAGUAA